AUUUGACAGCAAUGUCAAGUGGCCAAACUCAAGCGAGAAAUGGCUGGAUUCUUAAUGAAGACAAUCAUCAUCAGUCUUUUUCUCAACACAAUCAAGAAGACUUUGAUAAGGCAAUCAAAGUAUUGAAAUGGAACAAAUGGCUGCUAUCAGCACUUGGGCUGUGGCCACGAAAUCCAAAUAGUAUAAUUUUCGUCAUAAAUUUUGGAUAUUUUGUCUACAAUAUGAUGUGCGAAUAUCUUGAUUUGUUUCUUUUCAUUGAUAAUCUCGAGCACGUCAUUGAAAAUUUGACAGAGAACAUGGCAUUUACCCAGAUCCUUGUGCGUAUGGCGAUGCUAAAAUUAUAUAAUCGACAACUCGGUGAUGUUAUCAAUGAAGUGUUCAAGGAUUACGACGCGAAAACCUACAGAAAUCCAGCGGAGAGUAAAGUUUUCCUCGAUUAUAUGAAUAAGGCAAAGUUAUUUGUCAAAUUAUUAUGCGCAUUCGUGACGAUGACAGCUGUUUCAUAUUAUGCUAAACCGAUAACGAGUCCAGCACCUCUAGCGGAGAAUGAAGAUAGGGCAGUCAACGCAACUAUGCCCUUUGUACUGCCAUAUCAAUUCCACGUUUUCCAUGAAAUUGACGAUUUUCGGACCUAUGCCAUCACCUAUGCAUCACAACUCCCAUUCGUUUUUGUAAGUGGAUUAGGCCAGACAGCGGCAGACUGUCUCAUGGUGACUCUUGUCUUUCACGUCAGUGGUAGACUGUCGGUUCUUGCUAUGAGGAUAUCCUCUGUGAGGACAGAUGUGGACAGGUGUAGAGCCGAAUUGGGAGAAAUCAUCAUCGAGCAUAACCGAUUGUUGAAGAUGGGACAGAACAUUAAGGAAGCAUUCAGCGAAACAUUGUUGGCACAUCUGGUAGGAGCAACAGCUCUGGUCUGCAUCAUUGGAUAUCAGUUACUAGUGAAUUACGCCAAAGGUCAGACUGCUGAUCUCGCAACAUUUUUUGUCUUCAUAUUCCUGGUCUUUCUGGUGCUGUAUUCCCAUUGUGUGGUCGCUGAAAGCUUAGUUACGGAGAGUAACAAGGUGUGUGAAGCAUAUUACGACUGCUUAUGGUAUGAAAUGACCCCGGAAACAGCAAAAGUUAUUAUUCUGUGCAUGGCAAGGUCCCAGAAGUCUCUUGGUUUAACAGCUGGAAAAUUCGCGUCAUUUGGUCUCAGGACUUUGACAGAUGUGGUGAAAACUGCAAUGGCUUACUUAUCGGUUCUACGAUCUUUUGAAUUAUCAAUAAGAUCAAUCAAAAUACUCAGAUGGAUGAGAUGGACAAUGUCAGCUAUUGGUGUUGGAUCGAAUAAACGGAAUUUCAAAUUCUAUAUUUCCUUCUUCUGCAUCGGUUACCAAUGGAUUUUGCUGUUUGCUGAUAUUGCUACUCAUAUGGGAAAUCCUGCGUAUAUAAUUGAUAAUUUAGCUGACACUAUUGGUGUAAUUAUCGUGGGUCUGUGUUUCUCAGUGGUGUGCCUUCACAAGACAUCGAUUCAUAAUGUUAUCGAAUUUAUUCAGAACAAUUCAGAGAACAGGGGAAACGACAAACAGAGGGUAAUAGUCGAUAUUUAUAAUUCAACGAUUGAAAAAUUAUUUGGAAUAUUACGUGUUUACAUGAUACCGUGCGCUAUAUUUUCUGCUCUUCUUCCAAUUUUGGUUCGAAGACCAGCAGAUAAUGCAAAAUUAUUGAAAGAGUAUCCUCUUCCAUUACAUCUUUACGAAUACUACACAAUUACCAACGAAGUGACAUAUUUCGCAACUUAUAUCUUCAGAGUUCUGUUGAUAGUCAUCGAUGUUAUUGUACGAUUGAAUCUAGAUUUUUUGUACGUCAUCACGAUAUUCUCUUUGAGUGGGCAAAUAGCAGUUUUGGUAAAUGACAUUGAAAAUUUUGAAACCAUUGAUCCACUUCGGUUAGAAAGUGCAAUUGCAGAUGUAACUGCAAGCUACCAAAAUCUCAUACGAAUUGGCAGAGAAAUACGGAAAAUUUUCAGUUUCUAUUUGUGUGGAUCUCUCCUCCUUUCGACGUUCAUUCUGUGCCUGACAAGUUAUCAAUUAUUAGACAACAUUAUGAAAGGGAAUUAUUUUGACGCUGCUAUGAGUUUCCUAUGGUCAUUUGCCAUUUUGGUUGAAAUUCUAGUGAGUUGUGCACUUGGAGAAUACCUCAUUGCUCAGAGCUCCGGUUUAGAGACAGCGUUUUACAAUUGUCAGUGGUAUGACGCAUCUUGCAGCUUUCGGAAAAUGCUCGUCGUGUCAUUGACAAGAUCGCAAAUACCACUGUCUUUGAGUGCCGGGGGAUUCACAAUCGUUGGCUUCCCUACCUUCACAGCCGUCAUGAAGACUACAGCAGGAUAUCUAUCACUGUUAAGAACUGUUAUGUAAUCCAGAGGAUGUACACCAUUUGAGUAUGUAAUAGGACGCUUGUAGUGUGAAAUUGAUAUAAAUCUCACUUUUCGUUAAAUCAUUU